UGGAGGAGAAAUUACAAGAAAGAGAGGGCCGCUCUGUUGUGGAGGAGGACUAGGCGAUCGAAAACACGAGAGCGAGGAUCUUUUGCCUCGAUUUGAGCGCUUUUGCAGAGGAGGCUGAGCAUCGGUUUUCUCUCCGUUGGACUGAUUCUGAUUUUGGACCUGGGUGCUCUUAUGGGCUCGGUGAGCGCAUCUUUCGCCUCCCGAUAGGACAUAACGGGCAGGGCUGCCUUUCUAAUUAUUAUUUAUUUCUCUCAGCGCCGCAUCGUUGGGAGAAACGUGAUCGAGAGGCAGCGAUAACAGCGCGCUGAUCAUGGAUUAAUGUCCGAGUGAAUUUUCAUCUGAGAGGUUCCAAAUGUUGAACAUGUCCACCCCCAGCGAGCUGAAGUCUCCUUGCGUGACUCGCAACGGUAUGGUGAAGUUGCCCCCCAGCCAGCCCAACGGCCUGGGCAGCGCGAGCAUCACCAAGGGGACACCUGCUGCCAAGAACCGUCUGUGCCAGUCCUCCUCAGUACCCUCCAUCCUGCCACCUCCACCGUCUUCCCUUCCCUACCACCACCACCACCACCUGGACGGCCCGGGCUUGCCCAACUCGGCAGCCUCUCUCUUGGGCUCUGACAUGGAGCCCGGAAAGGUUCUGGUGGGCUUGAAGCCAUCCCUUCGCCAGCUUCCCCCUCUCACUCUACCCAAACCCAUGCUGCUGGAGCGCCAGCUCGUCCUGGAUGAGAAGCUGCUCAACCGAUUGCUUUGGUACUUCACCACAGCUGAAAAAUGUGUGCUCGCGCAGGUUUGCAAGACAUGGCGCAAGGUGCUGUACCAGCCCAAGUUCUGGGAGGGCGUGACACCCAUCUUGCAUGCCAAGGAGCUAUAUACCCUGCUGCCCAACGGAGAGAAGGAGUUUGUCAGUCUGCAGGCCUUUGCUCUGCGUGGCUUCCAGUCUUUCUGCCUAGUGGGUGUUUCAGACCUGGACAUUUGUGAGUUCAUUGACAACUACCCGCUGUCCAAGAAAGGUGUUCGCUCAGUCAGCCUCAAGAGGUCGACCAUCACAGAUGCCGGUUUGGAGGUCAUGUUGGAGCAGAUGCAAGGCCUGAUGCACCUUGAACUGUCAGGCUGCAACGACUUCACGGAGGCCGGCCUGUGGUCCAGUCUGAACGCCCGGCUAACCUCGCUCAGUGUCAGCGACUGCAUCAACGUGGCGGACGACGCCAUCGCUGCUAUCUCACAGCUCCUUCCCAACCUGUCAGAGCUGAGCCUGCAGGCUUACCAUGUGACUGACACAGCCAUGGCCUACUUCACAGCCAAACAGGGCUACACCACCCACACUCUGCGGCUCCACUCCUGCUGGGAGAUCACCAAUCACGGAGUGGUCAACAUGGUGCACAGCCUCCCCAACCUGACCGCCCUCAGCCUCUCCGGCUGCUCCAAGAUCACCGACGACGGCGUGGAGCUGGUCGCCGAGAACCUGCGUAAGCUCCGCAGCCUGGACCUGUCCUGGUGCCCUCGGAUCACCGACAUGGCUCUGGAGUACAUCGCCUGCGACCUGCACAAACUGGAAGAGCUGGUGCUGGACAGGUGUGUGCGGAUCACAGACACUGGGUUGGGAUACUUGUCCACCAUGUCUUCAUUAAGGAGUCUCUACCUGCGCUGGUGCUGUCAGGUGCAAGAUUUUGGUCUGCAGCAUUUGUUUGGAAUGAGGAGUCUUCGCCUACUGUCUCUUGCAGGCUGCCCCCUGCUGACCACCACCGGUCUGUCCGGCCUCAUUCAGCUGCAGGAGCUGGAGGAGCUGGAGCUGACCAAUUGCCCUGGAGCCACUGCCGAGCUCUUCAAAUAUUACUCCCAGCACCUGCCCCACUGCAUGGUCAUCGAGUAAGACCACUGACCCGCCCCGCUGACUGACCGACCGUCAUACUUCUACCUUCCUCCUCCUUACUCGUCCUCACUCUUUUUCUCAAAAAUGCUAGCCUAGGAGCCUGAACUGCUCCUACCGUACCACCCCCCCCUUCCUCAUCACCUGACCCCCUUCCCCCCACCCAUCUUCCUCCUCCACACCCCAUUGAGUAGACUGGCCCACAGACGGACAGAGAGGCAGGGAGGCAGGUGAUGGUACAUGCCAGCCCCAGAGGAUGAUGGGAUGGCCUUUGAGCUCCAUUUAGGAAGAAGCCGGAGUGAAGAGCUUGGUGUGACGUCUUGUCUGACAGCAAGUUUCUUUUUACAGGUUUAACAGAAGGUUUUUGUUUACAGGGGAGAGCUUCUCUAAAGACUUGUUGUUUUUUUUAGCUGAAUGGAUACUGAAGGGACUGACAUGCAGCAUAUCCAGAUGCAGAGAAAUUAGGAAAAGGGAAAUAAAGACUUUUGUGUUUGAGCUUAAGUGGUGGAACUCACACACAUGCGCUCAUACACUGUAAACACACUCACACACAUACUGUAUAAGUGAAACAAAUGUAAGUCCUCAAGACCAUGAGUACUGACGUUUCUAUUCCCAUCACUCUGUGUAAUAUAACUGCUGUUAUUUUUUUUCUUAGAAGGUAUCAAAGGUUUCAUUUUCUCUUGUUUAGAGAGACAUCAUGUGCCAGCUGGACAAACAGGAGUCAGAGAGACGCAGUUCAUGAGGUUUAACGACAGGGAAGGAACUUCUCUCUCUCUCUUUUUCUCCCUUUUCCUCUGUGUGUGAAGUGUGUGUGUCAUGGACUCACAGGUUCCCGUAUUUUUGGGAUUACCACCAUCUUUUUUUCCCAUUUCUGUGUCUUAUCAGAAAUAUACAAAAAAAAGGAGAAAAUUUGAAAAACGACAGUUUACAUUUUUUUUGUGUUGGAGUUGAUUGGCUCAUUGUUUCACUUUUUCCCCCUCUCUCUUCUUCUUCAUUUUUGUACACAUAUUAUUUAAUUUACAGAUCUGGAGGAUAAGUCGUAAACUGUGAAUGUUGUGUUUUUAAAGGGGAAACGUGUCGCUGAGGCAGUUAGUCAAAUGGAAAGCAGAGGGUGCACAAAGUAUCUGACUUUACUGCCUGAAAGUUUCUGCUGAGGAGGAAAUUUUUCUCACAUGACUAAAAGAAAAUAAUCAGGAAGGCGACUAUAGGGCUUUAAGUGACAGUGCUGACUUACUUCUGCUCUCAAACUCAUAAAUAACUUCAGUUUGCAGGGGGAGUUUUAGAAGCGACCUUUCGUUUGGUGAGGAAGUUCCAAAUGAUCCAAAUUGUGGUUUUAGAAUGAAUCUCCCUUUUCUCUACAUCUUUCAAAUGCUGAUAGAAACUCAUGAUGUUUAAUGUUUGUGUUUCUGAAGCUGCUAAAGCAUCGUGUGACCCCCCUCGGCUUAAGUCAAAUUACUUCAAACGUAAAAAAGGGAGGCGAGGAGAUUUUAGUAUUUCAUAUUAGAGCAGUUCUAUUGUGGCAGUUUUUGAAAGAUAAUUUAGUUUUGGGGAAUUUUACAAGUUUUCCUACAAACCCCAGAGACCGAGUGACAUAUGAACGGCCUUUUUACGUCCUUGAAUCAUGUUGAGUGUAGCUUAGCUCAAUUAGUUAAUGUUAAUGACAUUACAUCACAGUUCCUCUCUGUCCUCAGGCUGCUCAAACUACACUAAAUGUUUAAACUGCAGCAUUUUACAGUCCUCGUUUAUAUUACAGUGUUCUUAAUAUAACUGUCAGCUAGUGGUGGAAAAAGUAUUCAGAUCCUUUACUUAAGUAAAAGUGCUAAUACCACACUGUGAAUUUACUCCACUACAAGUAAAAGUCCUGCAUUCAAAACUUACUGAAGUAAAAGUACAAAAGUAUCAGCAUCAAAAUGUACUUAAAGUAUCAAAAGUAAAAGUACAUGUUGUGCAGAAUGGAUACACUCAGAUUGUUUUAUAUGUUCCAAAUAUAUUAUUGAAUUAAUUUUUUGAUGCAUUUAUGUAAGCAGCAUUUAAUUUGAUCAAGGUAGGGCUCAUUUGAACUACUUUAUAUACUGUUAUGAGAUUUAAUUAAAAAAACAACAACAAGUCGAAUCAAUUUCAAUGUAUUUAUUGUGUUAAAUCUCGGCCUAAAAAGUACAAUAUUUGCCUCUAAAUGUAGUUGAGUAGAAGUAUAAAGUUACAUAAAAUGGAACUACUCAAGUACCUCAAAAUUGUACUUAAGUACAGUUCUUGAGUAAAUGUACUUAGUUACUUUCCACCACUGCUGUAAGCUAUAUAAAAUACAGAACGUAAAACUGAAAAAUGCCUUUUAAAAGCAAACCAGCCUUUGAAAGUAGAUGCAAUCUGUUUGCCUGCACAAAUAAGAGUUUGUUUUGGUUGCUUUUCUACCUGUUGACUGUUGUGCUAUGUCAACAUUUUGCAGCAGCCUUUAAAGAUGUACUGCACACUUGAACAUGUUCUCUUUAGCUGCAAACUAAAUUAUAUGGCUGCGAUAAAACUUGUUGAUUAUUGUGUUAAUAUCAAAUUAAAUAGCCUUUAUUGUCAUUAUAUAGUCAACUAAACAACUGCUGCUUGAGGUGCAUAGUUAAAUCAGUCAUAACAACAAAACAAACAUUAAAACUUUACAUUAGUAAAACAUUUAAAAAUAUGGUAGAAGACUGAGCUAAAACAAGGACAAGGACGUGUGAUGUCAUAAAUAAAUAUAAAAAUAAAUAAAGGACCACUGAAAAUACAACAAAUGUUAUAGACGAGGCAGAUAGUGUGUCUUGCACAUAUCAGUUUUAUUGCACAGUGGUCAUUUAUUAAUGCAGUUUUUGCAUCCUGGUUUAAUUUUUGUUUAUUUAUCCUGUGUGGGCGUUGAGAGUUCUGACAGCCCAGGGAAAGAAGUUGUUUUACAUCCUGCUAGUUUUGCACAAUUAUUUUCAAAUUUAUAAAAAUCUGCAUUUAAUUGGUUGAAAAGGAAGCUUGCAAGGCCAAUGCUGACACAGAGCUGACCCACUGGGACUUUAAAUGUCAUGAAAUUAAUAUGAAAAAUGUUUACGGCCAUCUAAGCAACUCUUGUGUCUGACUCGGGGUGAGAAGGCAAAACAGUAACAUUUCCCACGAACCAAAGUAUUUAUUAAACAUGGAAAUAAGUUAUAAAGGAGAAACUAACGACUUUAAGCCAGUAGUCGUCUUUGAUCGUCUGAUAUUAAAGGAGAUGGACGAGCCCGACAGCGAGCCGCCGUGCUGCUUUUUGCCUCUUGUGUGUCCUCAGAUGUGCUGACUGCCAACUGAAGUGAUUGGAUCAGUGUCAGCCAGUAUUAGGUUGUGCCAAAUGCAUCUGCAGCAGCACAUGAAAUGUGCGCGGCUGCCUCCAAGUGAUCGCUGACUGCACUGAACGGACUGAGUGUGUAUGUACGGACAGGCGGACCAUGCAUGUUUUUAGUUGGUCUGCGUUGUGUUUCCAGGAGGCUCAUUUCAGAGGUUGUUCUGAAUCUCUUUGUUGUACAUAAGUAUAUUUAUUUAUUUAUCUAUUUAUUUAAAUUAAUUUGUGUCUUAUUUACGUGAUUUAUUUAUUGAAGAGACACUCUUCAAAUGAUUUGUUUUUUUGGAAUUGCUUCAAAUUUGGGCCUGGAUUAACUUAAUUGCUGUUUUUUUUUUCUUUUUUUUUCUGACAUUUCAGACCCCUAAGUGAAAUAAUAAACUACUUAUUACACAUUUAACAUACACUCUUUUAGACACCAGUGACCAUUAACAUCAUUAACACUGACUUAAAAGUUUUUAAAUCGUCAUAAUGCGCAAGAAUAUAUUUUCCUCUGUGCAAGUGUGUGUCAACUUUGUAUUGCUGUCGGGUCUAUCAUUAAGAAUACGGGGACAAAACAGUGGUGACAAGUUAUAUUUACUGUCAUUGUCCUGAAUGUGGAAAUACAGAGUAUGAUAUACAUAAAAGCAUUUGAAGUGUGAGAUUGACCUCUGUCAUUGCUAAGCAAUGUUUACACUGUCUGCUGAGAUGACAAAGGACCAGACCUGGAAGAAGAGGAUUCUCUGGAAGCUUAUUUCUGACUAAUGAAAUCAAAUUAAAACAGUCUGAGCAUGAUCCAGCAGGCUAGCUUUAGAUCUGUGCUCACUAGCUGGAAAAGCUCAAGACUUUAUUGGAACUUUAUGAUGAUAUCAUGAUACAUAUGAAGCUGAGGAUGGCGAGCGUGCAGAGAUACAGAUUUUGUUCUGACUAACUAUCCACCAGAGUCAUCACAUAGAAGAACACUUGUUCCCUCUGCAGAGUAACUUUGCCAAACCUGUAACCAAGAGUUUCACUGUCCUCAUUUAUGUAUUAUUAAUUGGCUGCAUCUGAUACAUUUCUACUGAAGUCUUUGAUCGGGAUGCUAGAGACUAAAAGGUCUAAUAAGAUUAUUUUAAAUAACUACUACACAAAAUGUUUUUUCAUUAAGCAAUCAUUUACUUUGUUUUUGUUUAUUUUACAGUGUCAGAACAGCAUGCAACAUUUUUCAUGUGUAAAAAUGUAAUUAAUUUAAAUAUCAAUAUUAAAGAGUUGUCAAUAAUGAAUUGAUAAGUCACUAAUUGGCCCCAGUCCAACACAUGUGCUCUCCACAAACAACUCUGCUCCUUUUAAUGAGCUUCCAAAGGAUUCAAAUGUAAGUUAACAUAUCAUGAACUCUCUGCUCCAAACGGCUCACAACAAACCUUUUCUAAGGCGAAUAACUCCGUUCACUUCUACUCCUGUCUGCAGUCUUUGGUCUACAUCUGUCACCGUUUUGUUACAACCCUUGUACAGCACAACUUUAAGUACAAGUAAGCAGUAAAAUAAAUACUGACAGUUUACUGAUAA